CCAAACGUGACCAGUUCAUCCAUCUCUCGAGUCUCGACGACUUUGUUGGAUUCCAUUCUCAUUACUAAUAUAUUAUAACAAAUCAUUUUUGUGUUUUCUAUGGGUGCUAGUGGGUAUGAUCAUAGGAACCAAUGAACUACCACUUGCCUUGUUCUGGGGAUUUUAGUGUGGUUUCUGUAGUCUCAUGACUCUCAUACUCUCUUGCUUUGGUACUUAUGGUUGGUUUCUUGUAACCUUGUUCUUCUGGGUUUCAUUUUUCAAUGGCCCUGCCAAGAUCCUCAGCUGAACCAGCAUCUCCUAAGCGGUGUAAGCAUGAUGUGUUUCUGAGUUUCAGGGGUGAAGACACCCGCAAGGGCAUUGUUUCCCAUUUAUACGAUGAGUUGCAGAACAGGAAUGGAAUCAAAACAUUCAAGGAUGACAAGCAGCUUGAAGUAGGGACAGCUAUUUCUCCAAGUCUCCUAACAGCAAUCCGAGAAUCAUGGUUUGCUAUCGUUGUUCUCUCGCCAAACUAUGCUUCGUCUUCUUGGUGUUUGGAUGAACUUGCCCACAUUUUCAGUUGCAUGGAAGACAAGGACAGAAUUCUGCCUCUUUUUUAUCAUGUUGAUCCCUCUGAUGUACGCCAUCAAAGGGGAACUUUUCAAGUAGCCCUCACUAAACAGCGGAGAGAUGCUUUAAACAAAGUGGCCAAUCUCUGUGGUUGGGAUGCCAAGAAUUAUGUAUCUGAGAGAGAACUUGUCAAAGACAUUGUGAAUUUUGUGUGCAGCAAGGUACUUCAAGCUCCAGGACCAGUUGAAAUCGAGUCUAUAACGCAUACCGGAGAUUUUGAGGCAUUUGAAGCAACCAGACAAGCUAUGGAGAAGGUCAUGUGUGCACUUAAACGUUAUCAUCUCACUGUAAUUGGCGUCAUGGGUAUGGGCGGUGUUGGCAAAACUACCAUGGCUACAUAUGCUAGUUCACAGGCCAAAAGAGAUGGGAUCUUCGAUCAUGUGAUUAUGGCUUGUAUAUCGCAGAACCCUGAUUUGAUGAAAAUUCAAGGCAUCUAUGCAGAUAUGUUGGGACUAAAAUUGCAAGAGGAGACAGCAAUUGGAAGAGCUGGUAGAUUGAAGGAGAGAAUAAUGAGACGAAAUAAGAUUCUUAUAAUCUUGGACGACAUGUGGAAGAAUUUAAGUUUAUCAAGCAUAGGAAUUCCCAGUAACAAUGAGCUUAGAAAGUGUAAUUCCAAACUCUUGCUCACCACAAGGAGAUUAUCUGUUUGUCAUGACAUGAGGAGCCAAGCAAUCAUCCCUCUCAACAUCCUUUCAAAAGAAGAUUCUUGGAGCUUGUUUGUGAAGGAAGUGGGACAUACUUUUCAUGAUACCAGUAGAUUUUAUGAUAUAGCGAGACAGGUAGCUCGAGAAUGUGCUGGUCUCCCAAUUGCAUUGAUAACAGUUGCAAGGGCAAUGCGACAUAAAGACAUGGAAGAAUGGGAAGAAGCAGCUCGACAACUAAGGAUGUCUCAACCUGCCAACCUUGAUGAUGAGGGAGAUGUUUUCAAAUGCAUAAAGUUGAGCUAUGAUUACUUAAAAAGUGAUCUUGCCAAGUCAUGCUUCUUGCUUUGCUGCCUAUUCCCAGAAGACUAUGACAUCCGCAUUGAGGACUUGCUUAAGUAUGGGAUAAGUCAUGGUUUAUUUCGAGAUUGCAACACAAUGCAAGAAGCUAGAGCAAAAACACAUUCAGUGGUCAAGUACCUCAAAGCUUCAAACUUGCUUCUGGACAGCGAAAUAGACGGAUGUGUAAGGAUGCAUGAUGUCAUUCGGGAUAUGGCCAUAUCAACUACAUUAUCUGAGCACAAUGGGCUUUUGGUGAAAGGUGGCGUACACAACCUUUCUGAAGAAUUGAAAAGGUGUCGAGUUGAGGAGCGAUGGGAGCGUCUAGUCACUGCAGUAUUAUGGAGGAAAGGACAAGAAAUAACUUAUGAAACUGGGAGCCAUGAUACUGGCAUUGAUGCAAAUGUUGAAUCUGUAGUGCGUACUGAUUGGCAAGUUCAGGAAAUCGUGCAAAUUGCUGAUGAAAUCCGAGAUGAAGAUCCUGUUGCCAGUAGAAUAUGUACGUUAAUUAUUGUUCGUUUCUUCUUUGCCUUUCUCUCCAUUAUUUAUAUAUAUAAUCUAGCUAAUAGCUUCAUUCUUCACCAUUUUGUUGAGCCGCUCCAGGAUAAUUGCUUUACAAGGGCAACCAGAAUAAUUGCUUUACAGGGUAACAUAGUAGUGCAGUUUAAACCUAACACGCAUACGUCUCGAGUUGAAGAGCAUGGUACUUGCGAUAUUGGAACAACAUCUCGAGUUGAGAAGCGAUGGGAGCGUGUUGUGCAUGCAGUAGUAAAAAGGGAAAGGAUGGGUACAGGCAUUUUUGGAACAGUUCGAUCUUCAUUUGUAACUGGAAGGGAUAUAAAUAAAAUUUUGGAAGCUGCAGAUGAAAUUGAAGAUGAAAAUCUGAAUGCCUCUAGAAUCUUAUGUGAGUGGGGCUAUUCAUUGUCUCAAGAUCUGGAUUCUAAUAGUGAGCGAAAAGGAGUAUUACAGUUUAAGGUUGGUCUGAUGUGUGUCAUUAAGCUAAAGCAUUUGACAACAACCGGGAGAAUAGAUAGAAACGGAGACUUUGUUUGCAUACAGCAGGUCUAUAAACUUUACAGAGAAAUGACUAAUAUUGAAAAGCUGCUGGAGGACAAAAUGAAGUGGAGGGAGUGUAGUGCUUCCGGUGACUACCAUAAAGAGUCCGAGAUGAGAAGAGUUUUUGCGACUCUUAAAGUUUUGCUGACAUAUUUGGAGAUGGAGUCGAAGGAUGAUGUAACAAAGGAAAUUCCCCAAGAGAUGAAACGGAUAAUGGAGUCGGAUGCAGCAAGGAUUGAGGAUCUGGAUGACUGA